AUGUCUAAAGCUAUCGAAUUGUCUCUAAAUGAAAGUGGUUAUAUACUUGAAGCUUUAAAACAAGGUAUAAGACUAGAUGGAAGAGAAUUACUCGAGCCUAGAGAACCAGAGAUAAUAUUAUCGAAGACAGAAUACGGGUAUGCAGAAAUCAAGUGGGGAAAAACAUUACUUGCUGUACGUGUUUCAGCAGAGAUCAUUAAGCCGUAUGAAGACAGACCAUUCGAGGGACUAUUCAAUAUAAGUACCGAGAUUUCAUCGAUGGCAUCUAUAAAUUUUGAAAAUGGGAAGAAUUCCGACGACGAAGUAUUGAUUAGUAGAUUAAUAGAGAAAGCUAUUAAGAGAUCCAACUCGUUGGAUUUGGAGAGUCUUUGUUUAAUUGCUGGAGAAAAAGUAUGGAAUAUCCGAGUCGAUUUGAAUUUUUUGAAUUACGAUGGAAAUAUAAUAGAUAGUGGUUGUUUUGCGGUGAUGGUGGGUCUUUUACACUUUAAAAAGCCUGACAUCAGUAUUAAUGGCGAAGACAUAAUAGUACAUGACAUUGAUGAAAGACAACCGGUCCCAUUGAGCAUAUUACAUAUCCCGAUAUGUAUAAGUUAUUCAUUUUUUAAUCCAGAUAAUAAAGAGGCUAAUUUAAAGGGGGACCUCAACAACGAGAUUUCAAUCAUAGAUUCAAACGGUAAAGAAGAAUCUGUUAGAGAUGGUUCUUUGGUCGUAACUGUAAAUAAGAAUAGGGAGCUCCUUCAGUUAAGUAAAAACGGGGGUUUGCCGAUAGAUGCAUUGACUUUAAUGGACUUAUCUAGAAAAGCGUACAGCAUUGCUGAAAGGUGGACGGACAAAAUUAGACAAACAAUUAAAAGAGACGAGGAAGAAAGGUAUGAAAAACUUAAUUUAAGAUUACUUGAAGUAGGAGCAAGUAGAUAA